GCUUAACACAUUAGACGCACUUCGACCUGGCACUUUGAACUGUUGAAAGAUGGCUCAAUUAUUCCACAGGGAAGAUUCACAUUUUUUAGUGUUUUUUGAUGCUGACAAAACUGUGCAAUUAUUGCCAAAGCAGAAGAUUACCUUCUUGGAUGAAGAUAAUGUGACAGUUUUCUUUCCUACAUCAAAUCUUCGAGAGGAUGGUACAGAAGAAAUUGAAGAUAUAGCAUACACUGGAAGAGUAUUCUUUUCAGGAAGUGCUUCAAAAUGCAGAGGAAUGAAAUCGAAAAUUGAUGAGGGGGAUGGCGGUGAAAGAGAUACAGAUUUCUUUACUUCUUUACAAAACCAGGCAAAGGAAGUUAAAAGCUGUGGGAAAAGGGGUGCAAGCAUAAAACUGAAAAGAGCACUGGAGGAGGAAACGAGGGAAAUGGCAGCAAAAAAAGGGCAAAAGCAAAAAUCAAAAAGUGACUCUACCACUACAUCGGCAGCAGAAAAAAAAACAACCAAAAGAAAAACAAAAACUGACACACCCCUCAGUGAACUAGAAGCAAAGAAAUCCAAAUCACAAAUAACAAAGGACUUGAAAUUAAAAGAAAUGAUGGCAUUUGCAGGAGUAAGUUCUGCAGAAAGUCCAAAAGUUUCAGAUUCCAACAUCUCUAUGGAAUCUCAAAGCAGACAAAACAAGCCUCAGUGUAGCUGCAGCCCUAGAAAAGAGGCAUUGGCAGACAGCACAUCUGCAACAGGUGUUGCAAGUGGGUUUCAAGGAAGGCAAACAGAAACUUUACAACAUAUAAAUGCUACUGUCCCGUCCGAAACCAGCACUAAGAAAAUUGUUGAGCCAGAGCAAACAACAUCAGCUACUUCCAUGCUUGUUUCUUCUAGCUUAAACUUAUUGAAUUCUAAUGAUCUGGAGCCUACAGAUCUGGAGUAUAACAACACUGGGGAGGUUGAUUUCUCCGAUGCCUAUUAUGUGCCAGAAUAUGGUUAUAAUUCAGACAUGGGUCAAUCUGAGACUUGCGGACAAUCAUCCCCCAUUCAAAAUGUUAUUGGUUACUAUCAGCAGCUGGACCCUUCACAACAGGGAACAAUUCUUGGAUUCCUGAAUAUGCUGUCCUCUGAGUUGCAUGGUAUAACAUAUGGGCAGUCACCAAGCAGUUCCACCAACCCACCAAACAGUUCAAACAUGACUGGGAAUGAUUUUUCAGUAGAACAACACAGAGCUCUGUCUGCUGAUGCAUCAACAACAGAUGAAAAUGAGCGAAAGGUGCCAUUGAUAAUGGAUAAGGAUGACAUUUUCAAGGAUGUCCUUGUUAACCCAUCUAAACUAAGAAAUGCAGAAUCAAGUGCGCUGAUGGCAAAACAUCCCGCAGCAUUUCUGUUGAAUAAAGUUUUGGAUUUGGUAUUCCGUGUAGACGAGUUGAAAACCUCCAAAGGUGUAAAAGGCCUGAACACACACAAAAUGGAAGCCAUAAGUGAGUACCUGUUCGCAUGGUGUACCAAAAUGGAUAUCGAAAAUGUUUCAUCCAAGACACAGACAACUAUAGUUCAGAACAAGAUCGGAAAUUUGAGAUUUAAAGGAGUGAAAAAAACAAAACUUGCAAAGAAAAUGAACAAGUAAAUUUGUUGCAUGUCUGUGUUAAUACCAUUUAGAUACUGCUUGUAAACUGCCAAAUCUGUGGAGAGGAUCCAAAAUUUAUUUUCAUAUUUUACUUAUUGUAAAAAUGGUUUUAAAAUGGUUAUUAAAUGGUUUAAAAGAGAACCAUUUUUGUCUCAUUUGCAUAAAUGGUUUUUGAAUGGUUAAUUUGCAUGUUAUAAGGCCCAAAAAAAUGGUGUUUGAAUGGAUGUUUACUGAUGGUUUGAAUGGAAAUAAAAUGAAAAAUGGUUUUUAAA